AGAAUUGUCAUUUUUGGGGUGAAUAAAAUUUCCCUCAAACUUCUGUUCACUGAAAUAUGUUUAUUUUUUUGCUCUGCUUCUGUAACUAUUGUAAAAACUGAAGUAGAUUUGUAAAUAAACUGUCUAAUAUUUCUGUCACCAUUAUGUGCCCUUGAUGAAAGCAGUAAAGGUAAGCCGUUUUACUUACGAUGCUGAUUUCAAUAAACGUUUUGCACUGCAGCGGCGCCAUCCUGCGGUCAUUAACUCUUUGUGAAAAGAGGAAAGAUUUGCGCGUUAAUAUUACAUCUUGUGUUCAACGUCACGCAUCUCUUGAUAUGACGAUGUUUCGCUCCACCUGCUCAGUCAAAGAGCUAAUGAAUGGCAGAAAUCACAUCAACUUUCUUCUUCAAUGAUUUACAUCAGCAUGCAGAACAAAAGCUAAAUCACUCAAGAGGAAAGAGGAUUUUUCGCUGACAAUCAGAACCGGUGAAGAUGAAUGUUCUGGAGGCUUCAGGAGAUCCAGAGGGAGAAGCCACUGAUGACUUAACAGGAAGGAAGAAGUCCAGGUUAAAGUCUCUAAAGUCACGCUUGCUUGUGAAGAUAAAGAGGAAGGAGGAUGAUGGUGGACUGAAGCAGAGUCAGUCUGAAAGUGACAUUGCAUGGGGUGCUGAAGACUCCGAUUGCUCCAAAGGCAUGCUGGGAUCCAGAGCAUUUUCACAUGACAGCAUUUUUCAGGCCGAACACAGUCAUCCAGACACAGAACCACUGAGAGUUCUGUCUCAGGAGAACAUCCAUGGCAAAAUCCGAGCUCUGCAGAUGAAACUCCAGCAGCAGAAGAUGCACUUAGGUCCUCCUCCUCUGCUGUUGCCUGGUAAACAUCGUGAAGAUGCAGGUAGAAAUUCAGAAGAUGAUGGUCUUCCUCGUAGCCCACCUGAAGUUUCCCACAGUGAUGUACUGUACAUGAGCAUAUCGAACAAGUAUUCCCUCCCUCCCAAGAACAGUAGCACUUUGAGCUUAGCUGGAACAGGAAGUGAGGAGGAAGAACAGGCCUCUUCACAGCCUCUCUCUCCUCAGUCGAUCAGCCCAACACCCCUUUCCCCACAGGCACCAGGGUCAAAGGUAGACUUCAGCACUCCUCCACAAGUCGUUUCCCUCCUGGAUAAUUCUGCUGCCCGCCACCGAAUGUCUCUCAAACCCAAGAACCAAAGGGCUAGUGCCAAAAACAAGAGGCUGACCACUACAGAUACAAGCAGAACACGGUCUGAGAGUCUGAACAAUCUGGACCAGUCAGUUGCUACAAGGCAGGAAGAGGAGGGGGUGGCUCUUGUAAAAGAGAUACCUCGCGCUCGGUCAUAUUCCUCUCAAGUAUUACGUCCAGGGGAGAAGCUUACAGCUAUGCCAGCCAAGAGCCUUCUAAUUUCACCUUUAAUGUCUUUGCUGACUGCUGAAGAUGCAAGACAAAUUUCAUCUGAACCGGAACUUGUGAGUAAAAUCCUGUCCACAUCUCCUACGAGGAGUCCUAGCCCAAAAGACAUGUCUCCAGCUGAGCCACUAGUAGAAAAACCACCUAUUCCAGUGGUGCCAAUUGACAGAAAGGGAAAAGAAGAGAGUGAGACAUUCAGCAGCUCUAAACUACUCAAAAGCAACCAAAGUAACCCAGUGUCAACUGUAAGACCAGCUGUGUCAACUACACCUGAACUAAAUCCUGUGAAAGAUGAGAAGAAGACUAAUACUGUGCCAGUACAAAACCAACUGGACAUAUUGAGCAAAUAUAGUGUUCAGAGUCCAGUAAAUAUUGAAAGCUCUACUUAUGCUCCACCCAAUGUAAUUUGUGGAGUAAAUCUGAGACCAUCAUCUUUCAGAAGAUAUGUACCUUCAACAGAUGACAAACCGGAGUUCAAGACUCUUCCUCCAGUCAUCCCAGUGUCAGCUGUCAGUCAGGAUGCCACUCAAACAGAAACUAUAAAGCGCCAGAGAACUGUGUCUGGAUCAUUCAGUGUCUCUUCAGACAAGAAUCAAGAGCGCCAGAGGACUGGAAGCUUCACUGGUGUAGUUGGACAAGAUGGACUGAAAAAGGAAGCCACCGAAGCUAACAAACCAACUUUGAAAUUCAAGACAGACUGGCAAGUAGGUUCACAAGUUGAGAAAGCAAUAAAAGACCCGUGUGUUAACUUGCCACAAUCGUCUAAGAAGGAAGACAAAGGAUACUCUGAUUCUGUGAUACCACCAAAGUCCAUGGACCUUUCAAAGCCCCAGAAUGUGGAGGAGAUUCAGAUCUAUGAGAAGCAGGAGAUCAGGGUAGAGGCUACCGAGCAAGGUUUACAUGAGGUGGAGGCUGCCAAAGAGGCAGACGAGAAUGUGGUGGAAGAUGCCAUGGCAGGCAAAGUGAAAGAGUCUACAAAUGCAUUUGGAGUGAAACUUCGCUCUACCUCUCUUUCUCUUAAGUUUCGAUUAGACAAAGCUCAGUCAGAAGAUAAGGCAAAACGCUACAGCUUUGAAACCUUUCCAGAAGCUCCAUCUGUGACCUCACAAUCUGAUUCAACCAGCUGUGCUGAAUCUGAGGCCCAACGCAUUGGCACAGGGGCCAUAAGAGUGCAUGCCAAACACAAAGACCCUACUCUCCAAACCAAUGGCUCUACAAUCUUAGUCCAGGCCUCGAGUUCUUUCAGUAGAGACAAAGAGAGAGCUGGCUUCCUCAAACCGACUGAACCUCCUCAGCCCUCAACAUCAGACACUAAGAUUGUACCUUCUCCCCCCAAAGAAGGUACAGACUUGCCUCCAGUUGAGACCCCAGCUGUGUCCUCUCAGGAGACGAUUCCAACAUCCACAGCUUCAGAGGUGUCCUGGAUGGAUAUGGCCAGAGAGAAGACUAGAAGUCUCCAACAGCUCUUCACCAGUAGACUGCCAGAGUUUCCAAGCUUGCAAUCACGACCAACAACCUCGAGCACAACACAAACCCAAUCAUCUCCUUCACAAGCCAACCCCAAAACCACUCAGAACAUAACAAGCCAGCCAACAGCUACACAACCUCAACCCAAACCCACAGAAACAAAACAACCACCUUUUGCACAGCACUGCGGAAGAUCCACACAAUCUAACACUCAGUUCACACCAGUACAGACUCAAACUAGAACAAGCCAACCUUCAGCAAGUUCAACCACUACUCAGCCUCUAAUUGACAGUACAAAAGAUGUUCAGUUUCAGUCUAAAGCUCAAGGUUGUAAUUCAACAGUAAAACCAACUCAGUGUUCGGUUACAAGCACAUCGAACGUACAUGCAUCCAAACAGCCAACACAGACACCACCCAUCCAGCAGUCCUCGCCAUUUCGAGCAGCAUCACAGACCCCCUCACAAGCUAUACAGCAUCCCACAACUCCCCCUGGUCCCCCACAUUUAUUCUCAAGCCCAAAGGUAACAUCCCACUUAGACUCCCAACACUCUGCCAGUACUGUCCUGAAGAAAAAGCCUCUGAAUGAGGAGGGAGAGCCCACCGUAAUCUCAGGAAAAGCUGACAGGGCAUCUGUGCUUCAGGGGAAGGGGUCUGAACCUGAAGAUGGCAGACCAGUGUGGGCCACAGGAUUAGGAAACAAGAGCUCACUGGUGCAGCGAUGGGAGAACCCAACAACUACCGCAACUAAGAAUAUUGAUCAGAAAAGCUCAUCAGAGUCCCGAAGCACAGCAGUCUCCGACCGUCCUCUCCGAUCGUCGUUCUCAAAGGUGUCCGGAACGGGACCUGACUCAAGUUUGUCAUCGCAAGCAUCAGUGUCUUCUAUUCCUGUGAGGUCAGCAGAAAGAGAGGAAAAGGGGCAGCAGAAAUCGCCAUCAUCCUCACCAUCAUCAUCUCCUCUGCAGUCAGCGCGGGACAGUGGGCAACCGUCCUGGAUGGAGCUCGCCAAGAGGAAAUCAUUGGCAUGGAGUGAUAUGACUAUGGACUAAAGGUGACAGAGGUUAAAUCUGGGGUUGGAUGAUGAGUCUGUGCAUACGGUUUGUAAGUUUGAAGGGCUUUUCAUGUUAAACGUGGAUUUAAAGUGACAGUGGUUUGCUCCAUAUGAAGCUCAGCAGAUGUUAAGUUAAUGUUAAUGUCAGCAUAAACCAGAAGUUGUUGAGACUUUUAUUUCAGUAUGUUAAUGUAGGGAGCAGAGCUUUCUUUUUGUGCGUCAUUCCCUCAUAGCAAAUUAAUGGUAAGAGGGGCGUGGUUAAGAAUAUUAAGAGUGAAGCAUCAAACUGACGUCAACAGAAGGACCACCACUCCAAACAGGGAAAAAUGGCCAUUCUUUAAUUAAAGAUUAUCACAACAAACUUUUUUUUUAAUGGAAUAACUUGCAUUAAUUAAUUAUUCACCUAAAGAAUGACAAUGUGCGCUAGGAAAAUGAACAUUGUAAAUCACUUUUACUUGGACUUUAAAGCGGUGCAUUCUGGAAGUGAACCAGAAUUUGUGUAUUACUGAGGGACAGUCACACAUUUGUCAGUCACUGAAUCUCUUAAAGGGACAGUUCACCAAAAAAAGAUAAUUCUGACAUCAUUUACUCAUCCCUUUACUCAUGUUUCUUUCUUCUAUUGAACACAAAGAUAUACCUAAGAAUGUUAAAAAAUACCAGCCAUUGACUUCGAUAUUUUCUGUUCUUCUGAUGGAUGUCAAAGGCUGUUUUUUCUCCAACAUUCCUCAGAAUAUCUUGUUUUGUGUUCAACAGAAGAAAGAAGUUCAUAUAUGUUUAGAAGCACUUGAGUGGAAUUUUCAUUGUUGGGUGAACUACCCCUUUAGGUUUACCUAUUUACUGUACUGUAUGUUGCUUGCAUUCUCUCCUUGUGAAUUAUGAAUGCAUUAACCAAACAUAUAUAUUUUUUAUUUUUCCAAUGAAGUUUCUUCUGCUCAGAGAGAAAGCAUUCAUUUGAUCAAUUGUAUUUUUACAAUUUAAAGGGAUAGUUCACCCAAGAAUAAACAUUCUGUCAUAAUUUACUCACUCUGUUUUUUCUGUACUGUUGAACCGCACAAACAUUUGAAACACAGGUUUAUUGUGGAUACGUACCCCUGUCUACAUUUCUUGAUAGCUCAAAUUAUGUAGCCAGAGGUAUGUAUGGCUGCAUUUUGUUUUUAAAAUGAAUGCUACAGGACGAUAUGAGGCCGCCGACGACUUCUGUUCCUUUUAGCACAACCAGCUUACCGCUUACCUCUAUGUUGAUGGCUUUUCCGGUGCUACAAGUUUGCUCAGUCACUCACCACGUAUGGAGAUGGACUUGGGACGUUGAGCUGAGUUGACCGCAAUUACAAGAUUUGAGUCUGGCGAAGAGCAGUUCCAGAUACUAAGCAAAACAAAAGCAAGAAGUAAAUAAAAAACAUUUCUGAAAAUGUUUCUGAAAACUGAAAAUAUGGUGAAAUCACUCGACUGCUUUUCUUUUUCUGGAUUGCUUUUUAAAAACACUAUCAGUUGGGUUUAAGGAAGGGGUGAGUGGGUCAGUAAGUUGACAGCAGGCUGGCCUGGUUGGCUGAAGUGUAAAUUGCACCCUCCUGUGGAUUUUUGCGAGAAGAGGAGGCGCGAGAGGAAUUUGUGAUCAUCAAAAAUUGUACACAGUGGUCUCUGGUGGAUUUGCAAUACCAAAAACUGCGAACAAACGUACCUCCAGUUCCAUAUUUGGCAGUUCCCAGAAAUGUAGGCCUGGGUACGUAUCCAUAAUGAGCCUUGGUUGAACAGUUUUAACAUUGCUAAUGAGAAAUGUUUUUGAACAGCAAAUCAACACAUUAGACUGAUUUCUGAAGUUUCAUUUGACCUUGAAGUAAAAGUCAGUUGUGUAUCAAAGAAAAUACAGCAGUUAAAUACAGCAGUUAAUGCAGUUAAAUACAGUUAGUUUAAUUGUAAAGAUAGAUAUUUAACUGUUUGUAUUGUAUUUUUGAUCAAAUAAAUGCAGUAUGAGAUGAGAGACUUUUUUUCAAAAACAUUACACAUCUUACUGAAUUAUUCCAAUCUUUUGAUUGUCAUGUGUAAGCAUCAGUAACAGAAAACAAAUAUGUAAGUAAAUAUCCUGCUGGUGAUGUGUUUUGUAAAAGUGCCACAAUACAGCACAACACAACAGUGUAACUCUUAGAGAUGAAGGUGAAAGGAAUUCAGGUUCACACUCAAACAAAAGUGUCCUGAGUGAGAUCUCAGGAAUAGAAACUGAUGCUACUGUAUAUGUUUUACCCAAAUCUAUAUAUUUGUUCCUGUAUAAUAUAUUGCUCAGUGUUUCUCAGGUUUACCUUUUCUUGUAUUUUUUCUUGUUGUCUGAGUAUUAAUUUAAUUGAAUAUGAUUAUUCCUUUUCUAAUUAUGUGUUUUAUUUAUUUCCGUGAUUCCAUCCGUGGGUUUUUAUGUAUUGAAUCAUUGUAUGACCUGUUGAUUCUCUGACACCUAUUAGGUUUAAAGAUUUCUCUUAUGUUAAAUUAUGUGACUGUAAAGAAUAUCAUGUACUUUGAAAUAUCAAAUUAUGGUCAGCUUGCUUUUGAAAAUACUCAUCUUAAAUAAAUU